AUGAGCCAGAUACCUCAGUUCCUAGUGGAUAACCUCCCUACAGCUUCAGCCACCACCUCCCGUCCUCAUGUCACCCUGACAUGGGCCCAGUCACUCGAUAGCAAGAUCGCAGGACCGGGUGGUCAGAGGGUCAUCCUGAGUGGUCCAGAAAGUAUGCUCAUGACUCAUUGGAUGAGAUCUGUGCAUGACGCUAUAUUGAUAGGUGUCAAUACGUUGAUAUUGGAUAAUCCAAGAUUACAAGCAAAUCUCUUACCAUCGUCACUCAACCUGCCACCACCCCAACCACUGAUACUAGACCCCAAACUUCGAUUCCCUAUCACAUCCAGGAUACUGAACGAAUGGAAUACCAAGCCUGAUCAGAGGGGAAAGACAAUACGGCAACCGUGGAUCAUAUGUGGUAAUGAUGUUCCCACCGAGCGAGUUAGGGAAGUGGAAGCGGAAGGGGCUAGAGUCGUUCUUGUCAAGCUAGAUGCCAGGGGUCACAUACCACCUUCCUCCUUGCCAACCAUCUUGGAAUCUUUAGGAUUGCGAUCAGUCAUGAUAGAAGGUGGAUCAAGAGUCCUUUCGACAUUCCUCCAUAGUCUCAAGAGAGAUGACGGUAGUAGGUUGGUCGAUAGUGUGGUGGUGACUGUAGCUCCUAUGUUCAUAGGUGAAGGUAUAGGGGUGGUACCAGAGGGAGAAGAUGUGGGUUUACCAGCACUCAAGACUAUUCACACGGAGAAGAUGGGAAAAGACGCUGUCAUGAUAUGUGAGGUUGAGUAG